AUGACACACUUUCUGCGACCUUGUACUGAUCAAGCUGAUAACCAGGACCAUGCUGCGCCUGACCACAAUGCCAGACGGAACGACCCGGCAACGUACCCUUUCAUUACACCAGAACCAACGCCAGACGUUGCAGAUGGGCACACGUCCUUGGCGGAGACAAACAAGUACCCCAAGAUCACUCAAGACCUAGCUCGUGCUCUUCCUCCUCGAAAAGAGCUCGAAAUCCUGCUCCAGCGAGUCAGCGGGAUCCCCAUGCCGUUAUAUCAGUCCAGCUAUAGAUCCUAUGGUUCUAAUCAAGAGGAAGGAACUCAAGAACAGAUCUCGCUAGCAGGCCUUCUGUCCCACGAAAGCCAUCCUGUCCUACUCGCCAGGCAGAUGCUGCUGCUAGCCGCGGCUUUGCAACGUCUUUCCUCGAAAGAAGAAAUACUAGGAAUUACAGAGCAUCACCACAUUAUCAUGGAAAGGCUUGCAGAGUCAGCGAUCAAGAUGGUCACAACGAACGACCUACUUCUUGGUUCAAUCGAGGGUCUCGAGACCCUUAUGCUGGAGACCUGCUAUCAUAUAGAUGGCGGCAAUAUCCGACGGGCAUGGAUAACGAUGCGUCGUGCUGUUAUGGCAGCACAACUACUGGGUUUGCAUCGACCUGGUGAAGUUCGCUUUAAAGUCAUCCACGACCAGAAGGAUCUCGAUCCAAAGCUUAUGUGGUCAUGUAUCAUUUCCAUGGAACGUCUGUUAUCUUUGCUGAUGGGCCUCCCUACGAGUGCUACGCUUGCGACAGCGUCAGCUCAGGCGACUUCAAUUCCAGCUGGAGGCUGCCAUCUUCCGGCUUUCGUAAGUGAUACAGCAGCCAAGAUCAUCGAAAGGAAUGAGGUAUCUACACCUCAAGAGGCACUGGAAAUGACACGAGAGAUUGACCGAGAACUUAUCACGAAGGGUGAGCAGAUUCCGCCCGAAAUUUGGCGACCAUCCUCGUUCACAGGCCUCACGAUCGACUCGGAGGAAGCAUUUGUGGAGAUUCAACGAUGCUGGGGUCACCUGUAUUACCAGACUCUAGUGAAUCAGCUUCAUUUACCGUACAUGCUGUACUCAAAUGAUGCGCCACAGCGCAUCUACUCGCGUAUUGCAUGCGUCAAUGCUAGCCGCGAGGCUUUGAAUCGACAAAUCGCGCUCCGUACGUUCGAUCCGGUCCAUCCCUGCUGCCGCAUGGGCGAUUUCAUGGCAUUGAUUGCCGGUAUGACACUCAUUCUGGCACAUAUCGUGAGUCAUUCACACACAGAGACGGUGAACAUGUUCGUACAUCAGCGACCUGGUGAUAGAGCCAUCGUGGAGCGAGCUCUUGAUCGCAUGAGUUCCAUGUGCGAAGUGUGCGACGAUGUACUUGCUGCGAAAUGCGCCUCUUUACUCAAGUACUUGCUUGCAGUGGAAGCAGAUGCUGCGCAGUGGCAGAAAUCAGCCGCACAUAAAGUGAUCUGUACGAAUGCAAGCUCCCAAGACCGGAACAGCGUGUUGAUCAUUAAGGUGCCAUAUGUCGGUACCAUCAGAAUUGCUCGGGAGGGAAUCACCUCUAUUCACCCGUGUAUGUCAGGACACGGCCAAGCUUUGGGAGAUGGGCUCACUGUAGGUGGCAUCGGAUCCCUUCACGUCGGUGGCCAGAACGAUGGCUCGUCGGGAGGUAUCGCUCCUCAAGCAGUAAAUCAGAAGGUUCCCAAGGCUUCGAGUCGAGAUCCUGUUGUGCAAACCCCUGAGAUUUCCUCAGGGACUUUGUUUAUGCAGCAGGAUCAGAUGUUUCCAAACGCUGCGGCCACUAUGGAUGAGUGGGUAUUUCAAGGCUUUGACACGGCAUUCUUCGAUGUCUUGAUGCGUGGGGCUGGCGACCAGCAGUUCGAUGGUACUGGGACGGAAAGAUGGGACUUCGGCACAUCCUGA